AGACAUACGUGUAUAAUGAAUGCUGAAAAUAAAGGGAAGAAGGCACGCCUUUUGAGGUACCUUAUUGCAAUAGCAUGGAUAAAAUUUGUGUUUGGACUUAAUGAAGGUAAAUACCCAGAGUCAUUGCCAACGCUAAACGAAGUUCCAAAUUGUCCUAGAAAUAAGGAAGACUGGCAAGUAGCUGCAGAAGGAAAGCACUGUGACCAAAUAAAAAAUAUCGAAAACACUCCGUUUGUGUAUCACUGUCUAAUAAAUGCAUGGGCAAAUGCAACUGUGGAAGUCUGUGCUCCAACGUGGUACAUAUCAGGUUACUGUGCAAUGUACAGUGUUCCAGAUGCUAGAGUAAUUGACAAUGAAAAGUACGACUGUACAAAAUACACCCCUCCAUGUCCACCACGUUACUUAUCGUCAGAGGCUUACAAAUAUAGUGUCUGCUACGACAUUGCACGACCUACAACAACACAGACCAUUCUACUAGUGAAUUUAACACAGGAGAGACCAACAGACAGCUCAACUGAUACUACCAUCUCUUCGUCUUCUGAAUUCACAACAAUUCAUUUGAUACUCGUGAUAGUUAUUCCAGCUACGUUUCUAAUUAUUUUAUCGGUAGGAACCUUCUUUCUUUGCAAAGUGAUAAAAAAGAGACGACAAGCAGGCAAUCGUACAAUUGGCGAUGAGGAAGUAGGAAUUCCGUUACAAACAUCUAUUUCAGAUGCACCUGAAGUUCAAGAAGGAACAGAAGAAGCGAAGCACCCUAAAACUCAAAGCAAUGCAGAUGGUAAAGGUAAUCGUACAGUUGGCGAUGAGGCGGUAGAAUUUCCAUUACAAACACCUAAUUCAGGUGAAUUUGAUGUCUGUAAAGAAGAGGAAAAAAGUAGAGAUAGUAAAGUUUAUCAAUCGAAUUACACUGUAGGGGAUAUUAAGUUAAAAAUGGAUUUAAAAUGAUAUAUUAAUGGCUUUUUUACACUUACAUCUCAAAAGAAAAACAAAUACUUUGUGGUUUAUAAGUAUACAUUAUAAGAUAACAUGUGACUGAGAGCAUAUUUUUUUUGUACAGUGUAGUUGUGUCAUAUUUGCUUGUUUAAGUGUACAUUAUGCUUAACCUUUUCACUUACAUGUAUCAAUUCGUUCAGUAAUUCUAGUCGGUUACACAGGAUAAAAUAAAUUGAAUUGUGGGCAUUCUAUAAAAACGAAAUUUAGAGAUUUAACCCUCUUACAUGUGAGUUAGUAUUUUUAGCAUGGGCAUAUCUACAUAGUUUUUUAGAAAUUCAUUUCUACACUUAUUUUGUACGUAAUAUACAGCGAAUAAGUCUAGAGUUGUUCCGAAUUUGACCUCUGACAUGGCCCUCUAUUGGAUGUUGUUAGAUGUUAGUGUAACGAGUAUGCGAGAGGAUCUUAAAUCUAAUUUUAAUUAGAUUGAACAAAUAUACGAUGAUUUUGCAGGUAACAAUUUGAUUGGUUGAUAGAAUUUGACCUUUGACGUGACCCUCUACAGGAUGUUGUUUGAUGUUAAUGUAGCAGGUAUACGAGUGAAUCUUACAGAAUCUUACAUGUAAUUUUAAUUGGAUUGAUAUACUGUGAAAUCAUAAAUUUUCGUGGGGGUUUAAUUUUCGUUGUUUUCGAGGUAUGAAGAGACCCACGAAUUCAUGUCCACCACGAAAUGUUAAAUACAUAACUACUCAACAAUUCUUCAUCCACGAAUUCAAAUCCCCACGAACCAAGAAUUUUAACUCAAACCACGAAAAUUUGACCUCACGAAAAUAUGUGAUUUUACAGUAUAUAUGUAAAACAUUCUUAGCGUUUAGUAAAAUGUCAUAAUAUUAAAUGUAGAAUUUUCUAGACAGAUCGUAGUUCUUAAUUAUAUACUUUCUAUUAUCUACAUGUACAUACAGGUAAACAUAACCAGAAUAUCGGAUUUCUAUGCAUUACGUAAGAAAGCCAGAUUAACUAAAUUCAGCAGAAAAUUUUGUCACAAGGCAGUCAGAAAAGAUAUUCAUAGAAUGAUAUUUUGCCAAUAGUUUUUUACUUUGUACCAAUUUGUUCCUUCUAUCUUUUUUGCGUUGUUGAAUGACUUUGAUCAUGUAGCACCAAUUGAUAAAAAGUAUU